GGAUGAUGGGUAUGGUCGGUAAACUAUGAGUAGAGCUUUGUUCUCUAGAACAUGCCAAACAGCUCUUCACGUUUCUCUUCUCUUCCACAUUUGCAAAAAUGUCCUACCAUCUUACCUUAUCUUCGAUUUUCUUCAUCGUCGCGCUUUCACUCGCAAGAGCUCAAAAUAUUGCUUCUUACAAUGUUGCAAUUACAACAAAACAUGUCAUCGAUCAAUCACGUUUGGAUCCUUUUGCACCGAAUACAACACCACGUGCUUUGAUGGUUUCAACAUUCAAACGGGCAGGACAUGCUUGUCAUUUAACAAAGGUACCAUACAUGCCCUCAGAAGUGGCCAAAUUCGAGGGUAAAAAGCUCAGCGCUUUCGGAUUACCUGAAUCAACUUUUAUGAAUCUGACGUAUUCGAUUUGUUCAAAUAAGAAAAAGUCGCAAACGAAUGAUCCCAUUCUCAUAUUCUCAGGCGCUUUAGGAACGACUAGGUUCUUUUACAAUCUUUUGGCGGCUAAGAUUGCUCAAAAAGGCUAUACAGUUGUGACUGUCGAUCAUCCUUAUGAUACGGAUAUCGUUCAAUUUCCAAAUGGUAGAAUUAUAAUGGGCUUGAAUCUCAGCGAUGAUCAAAUCUCACUUGCAGCUAAUACAAGAAGCUUGGAUUUGAAUUUCGUUGCAAACUUGUUCAUGGAUAAAAAGCAAAAGAAGGCAGGGGUUUUAGGGCAUUCAUUAGGCGGUGCAGCAGCUUUGAAUGAUUUGAUUUGGUCAAAAUUUAUUGGAAGUUUGAAUUUCGAUGGUUCUUUCUUUGGUGAUAUUUCUCAAGUCGGAUCUCACAAGCCUGUACUAUUCUUCAGUCAUACAGGAAAAAAUAUUUCAACCGAUACAACAUGGCAAUCUUCCUGGCCAAGGUUUACCGGCUGGAAAAAGCAAGUGGAAAUUGUUGGAGGAAGUACGCAUUAUACCUUUUCAGACAUUCCGUUGAUUGCAACCAAGUUAGGAGCCGAUGAUGGAGCAAUUGCGCAAUUUAGCGGAACUUUAAAAGGCGAUAGAGUGAUGGAGAUCUUGUCAACCUAUACCGACGCCUUCUUCUCCAAGUUCCUCAAAGGUAGUAAAAAUGAUACUUUACUCGAUGGCCCAACGAAAGACUUUCCUGAAGUUGCUUUUGAUUUCUAGAGGAGUAGUUCUCCAUCAUUACAUGAUAUCUGUUUAGUCUGUAGACAAUGAAAUGUGACCUGACCUACACCAUGUCCCGCGAAGCCACACAAAUUCGAAAA